GAACAUGAUUAAAUGUCCAUGUAAUUUGUUGUUUUCCUAAGAGGGCCUUUUACUCGAAUGUGAAAUAAGGCGUCGUGCAUUAACUUUCCACAGGAUAAGACAAUUUUUGACUUAAAUUUAUUUUGUAUAGAUGGCAACUCGGCGAUCCAGACUUCAGAUCAAGCCUAACAUUGGACCAAGAGGUGGAGCAAAAACAGCACAAACUGAAAGUGAAAAACAGAAGGAAAAAGUUCCAGAUGUUAUAAAAAGCCCAACACGCACCAUCUCCAGUCCAAUUAAAGCACCAACAAAAGAUCCAGAACCCAAAGAAAAUAAGAAACCUGAAAAGAAUGUUGAGGAUAAUAAGGUUACCUCUGAAAAAGGGCCAAACACUGAAGUGGAGGAGUCCAUCAAAAGCCCCAAAGGGCAAAAACCCCAGUACACAGCACUGAGGGCAAAAAUCAAAGCUAAACCCAACCUGAACCUGGCUGGAAAACCUAGAAGAGCCACAGACGAAACCCAAGCUAAAUGUCCCCCUUCUCCACUGAAGUCACCUCGUCCAAAUAUUCCUCCCACCAGCCUGAGGUCCCCACCCCCAAGACCUAACAUACCACCUCCACGACCAAACUUACCAUCAUGCCCAUCUCCAGUAAAACACAUAUCUAAGCCAGAACUAAAUAUACUGAGACAAACAGAAGAAAAAGAGGAAAAGGUGGAAAAGCCAAAACAAGUCAGGAGACACACAAAAAUUGACAUCUCAAAGAAUGCACCUCUGGAUAAAACCUCCAUGAAAAUGUCUGAUCUCAUAUUCUGGAACCCUAAUAGGAAUUUCAUGUCGAGCCAGAUUAAACCAGAGAAGCCUACUAAGGGCGUGGAUCCAGAGCCCGCCAUUAAUCCACUGUUACAGGCCACGGAGGAGGAGAACCAGGUGGACGAACCCAAAGAGGAUGAGGAGGAGGAAGAAGAGGCGAUGCCAGUCCCUCAGGUCAAAAUUGGACCCGAUGGCAGCCUGAUCAUUAACGAAGAAAGUCUGGUAGUGAACACCAAGAAGCCAGUAAUAGAGGAGGAAACAGAAACAAUUAAUGAGACGGAGAACACAACAACAUACGCCAGCUUCAGGAAACCCCGUACCCGUCAGCUGUGGAGUAACAAAGAGACUGAGAAGUUUUAUUACGCCCUGAGUUCAAUAGGUACUGACUUCACUCUCAUGUUAAAAGUGUUCCCAAACAAAACUAGGACAGAUUUAAAGAAAAAGUUCAGGAAGGAAGACAAGGAAAAUCGCUGGAAGAUAGAAAAGGCAUUAAAGGAAAGAAAACCUUUCGAUAUGGAUGUGUUUAAACGUUUGGAUGAGUUGGUAGAAGAGGAAAAAUGUGAGAAAGAAAAAGAGAAGGAAAAAACAAAGAAAGCAAAAAUUAAAAAAGUGGAGCCAGUUGAGGAAAAAUCAACAGCCCAGUCCUGCUCUGUUAGGAGGAGUAAGAGGAAAGACAAAGGGAUGAAAAAAAUGUCAGCUUGUUACUUUGAUACAAGCAAUGAAGACUUUGAAGAUGAUGAAGAUGAUUUUGUAAAGCCUACACCUUCCAAGGUGCCCAAAGGGACUGGUAAAAAAGUGGAGGAAAGUGGAAAGUCAGCAGGCUCAGGACAUUGUAGAGCUUUGGACCAGUCAGAGAUAGUGCAGGCCAUACGAGACACAGAAGGAGAGAACAAUGAACAGGGACCAAUCAUUCUGGUCUAUAACAAACCCGAGGAUCCAACAGGGGAAACCGUUAUCCACGUCUACAGAAUGCAGCCUCAGUUCUCCCACCUAGCACCAGACAAUGGCAGCCAGCCUAUCAUCGUAGAUGGAAACAGUCUUCAGUGGCAUGGUAUGCAGACAGUAAUGACGGCUAAGGAUAACAGUGUAUCUAACAUCAGUGGAGGCUCAGAUAUGCCUCUUGAGUUUCUGUCAUCUGACGCUGAUCAGGUUCUAGAAAUUCCACUCAUCACUGAAUCCAGUGAACCCUUUGUUCCUCAAAAUGUCAUGACACUUGCUCAGAACAGUAUUCAGGGAAAUGUUCAGACUGAGGGAAUUCCCAUCUCUGAAUCAGGGUCACACAUAGUGAGCUGUGUAGGGGAACCCCAUUCAGAGACAGCUGUAGAGGGAUCUGAAUUGGUCAACUUUACCUCAAUGAAAGGUGAUAUACAGACAGAGGUCACUUUUGUUCCUGUGUCUGAGACAGAAAUUAUGGAUGUGGGAAGUGAAUCGGUAGUGGAGAAUUCUGCAGAACAGCGGGUGUUUGUAGAACAAGUGUCCACCAUUAUAGAUGUAAAUAUUGUCAAGGAGGACACCUAGUAUUUCUCUAUGAUUUGUGUGUUGUUUUUGAUAUUCAGUUUUCAAGUGCAAUGAUUUUUUUUUACUUUCGAAAUAUUUUUUGCCAGUUGAAUAGGAUUGAAUAAAUUUUGUAAAUUAUCAUCA